UUAAAUCCCAUCAUCAGUCGUCGCCGUCGUCGUUACUUCCAUCUCAAUCUCAUCUCCCUCUAUUUUAAUUCAGACCAUAUAUACGUUGUCUACUCUUAUUUUAAUUCAGAGCAUAUUUGAAUUUUCCUUUCUGUACAUAUAUAUACCGCACGCCGAGAGCUCACCCAUUUCGUCGAUCCACGUCAAUCAUCGGAAUCCACCGGAUAUUCAAGCUCUAAGCUCGAAUCCACUUCAAUCAUCGGAAUUGAGAUAAAGAUGCUUAGGAAGGAAAGAGAAUUAUAAGAGCCAGCAACACCUACACCUAAUCCAAAUAAUCAAUGGCAAUGGCAUUUCUCGGUGAUGUGGUGGUGGUGUUAGUAGUAGCAUUGGCGGUGCAAGCAGAGGCCCAGCAAAGCUACGUAAACAACAAGCAGCUCAACUGCGAACAAAGCCCCAACACCACUCUGGGAUUCGUCUGCAACGCCGCCCCCUCGUGCAACGCCUACCUCACCUUCCGAUCCACCCCCACCUACAACACCCCCGUCACCAUCGCCUACCUCCUCUCCGCCAACAACAUAUCCGACAUCACCCCUCUCCCCGCCGACAGCCUCCUCAUUGUCCCCAUCCCCUGCUCCUGCUCCUCCAUUUUCUACCAGCACAACACCUCCUACACCCUCAAAUUCCCGGACGAGACCUACUUCCAUGUCGCCAACAACACCUACCAGUCCCUCUCCACCUGCCAAGCCCUCAUGGCGCAGAAUCUCUACCACCUCCGCCCCAAAAUGACGCUCGCCGUUCCCCUCCGCUGUGCCUGCCCCACUCCCUCCCAGACCGCCGCUGGCUUCACUUCUCUCCUCACCUACCUCCUCCGUCAGGGGGAGGACGCCACCUCUAUUGCUGCCAAGUUCGCUGCUGCUGGAGCCGACGUCCACCAAACCCCCACCCUCUUCUACUUCACUCCACUCCUCGUCCCUCUCAAAACCGAGCCCACUCUCCAAAACACCAACACCAACACUUCCCUCUCCCCCUCCCCGCCACAGCCUCUCCCCGCCACCAACCCCGCCUCUUCCCACAAGUGGAUUUUCAUUGGUGUGGGAAUCGGUGUUGCUCUUUUGGUAAUCCUUUCCGUGAUCGCUCUAGUUUGGUUAUUCCGCCGCCGCAGCAGCCACAAAUCUUCCAAUCCUCUGCCUACAGAGGAGGCGCCGCCGCUGCCUCCAUUGUCGGAUAUGUCCCAAGGCAUCCGGAGCGCCAUGGAAACUCUGAGCUUAUACAAGCUGGAAGAAUUGGAGAUUGCCACUAACUCCUUUGCAGAAUCCAAUAGAAUUGCAGGAAGCUCAGUGUAUCGUGGUUGGUUCAAUGGCGAUGAGGCCGUGGUGAAGGUAAUAAAAGAAGACGUCUCCGGCGAGAUCAAUACGCUAGGACGGAUAAACCAUUCCCGCAUCAUCAGGCUGUCAGGCUUUUGCCUCCACCAGGGCACCACCUAUCUCGUCUACGAGUAUGCCCACAACGGCUCUCUCAAGGAUUGGCUGCACAAGCCUCGCCUUGAUUGGAAACAACAGCUCCAGAUAGCCUACGAUGUAGCCGACGCCUUGAAUUACCUCCACAACUUCACCAACCCUCCUUACAUCCACAAGAAUCUCACCACCUCCAACAUCCUCCUCGACUCCAACAUGCGUGCCAAGCUCGCCAAUUGGCUGGCCAGGGCCUUGGAAUUCGACAAGGUCACCACCAGACAUGUUGUGGGCGCGCAAGGAUACAUGGCACCCGAGUACAUAGAGACAGGCCUCCUCACUCCCAAACUCGAUGUCUUCGCCUUUGGGGUGAUCAUGCUGGAGCUCCUAUCCGGGAAGGAGGCCGCUGCGGAUAAGUUGCACGAGACCAUAGGCGGGGUGUUGAGUGGAGACAAUGUGAGGGACAAGCUGCAAGGAUUCAUGGAUCCCAAUCUCGACUACCCCUUGGAGCUCGCCUACUCCAUGGCUCAGCUUGCUCGCAGCUGCGUAGCUCACAAUGUGGAUGUUCGGCCCCCCAUCUCAGAAGUCUUGCUGGCUCUUUCCGCUCUGCUCUCCUCCUCCACCGACUGGGAGGAUACAUCCCUCACCUUCACCGACUAGCAUCUAUCUCUAGUUUGUACUACAUCACAAUACAGUAAAGAAAUCAAAGACAAAGAAAAUGGAUUUGGUGUUCUGGUA